UCGUUCCAGCUCGGCAAUUGGACCGAACGAACUGGUUGGCAGUUUGACGGCCGCUAUGCAAACAAAUGGGAGUUUGACAUCGACCCGGAUGCGGACGAUCUUGCUGGACUUCAUCUACGAGUGGUCGUCUAUUUGGAAGAACCGUUCGUAACUAAAAAUUCCGAUAACCAGUAUGAAGGUUUCUGUAUUGAUCUGCUCAAGGAGAUGGCAGCUAUUCUCAAAUUUAAUUAUACGAUCAUAGAAGUCCAAGAUGGAAGUUAUGGCAUUGAGGAUGAGUCGGGACGAUGGAACGGCAUCAUUGGUGUUCUACAACGACACGAAGCCGAUGUGUCCAUUUCGGCGCUAACGAUCACCUAUAGUAGAGUAGAAGUAGUUGACUUUACACUGCCAUUCAUGCAUCUGGGUAUAUCAAUUCUUCUCGCUCGAGCGAAUGACGAUUCAGAAAAGAGUUCUAUGUUCACAUUCCUGGAGCCACUGUCGUUCUCCGUGUGGCUGUCACUCAUUGGUGCCUACCUCUCCGUUUCAUUUAUUAUGUACCUCUUGGCGAGAUUCAGCCCUUAUGAAUGGUAUGACAUUGAGAAGAUCGACGAACGUGAUCGGAGCAUCGAAAAUCAGAAGAACCAAUUCAGUGUGCUUAAUUCGUUAUGGUUCGCCGUCGGUUCCUUAAUGCAACAAGGAAGUGACGUGAUUCCUCGCGCUGCCGCCACUCGGGUAGUGGCAGUGAUAUGGUGGAUGUUCACCCAGAUACUUAUUUCCUCCUAUACUGCCCAAUUAGCGGCGUUCCUCACGGUUGAACGGAUGACCACACCCAUUGAAAGCACUGCAGAUCUCGCUAGUCAACAGAAGAUUCGAUAUGGGACUUUGAAAAGCGGCAGUACAAUGGAUUUCUUCAGGGAAAGUCGAAUCCCGAUCUAUGAACGGAUGUAG